AUGCUGUGGUCACAAGGGGGUCGCUGCUACUAUUCGGCGGUGCCGAUGGAAUACUCGAUUCCCAGCUCAGAUUGGCGUAUGUCGCUCGAGCGUCUCGACAACGAGCUUGGUUACAUUGUGAGCAACUGCGUAUUCGUGGCUUGUGAGUUCAACACGCCCGAUUGGAGUCGCAGGAGUCCGAGAGACACGGUGUAUGGAACAGCACAAUGGUCCAAGGAGAAGGUCGCUUGCGUAUGGGGCAGUCCUCAGGAUGAAUUCGCUGGCGUCGCAGUCGGAGGUUCGGACUUCACAGGGGCCAGUUGUGGCUGA